AUGAAGCUCUCUCUGGAAUUGACUCUCGGUCUACUGGCCGUAUCAUGCGUCGAUGCAUUCGUCGUUCCCCCUCGCACGCUAUGGGCAACUAAAGCAAACCUUGCCUCUCGCUCGUAUCGCGCACACCCUGUCAGACGUGACGCAGACUUUCAGAGCUUGGACUCGUUGACCCAUGGAGGAAGUCGCCGCCGCGAGGCUCAAAAGCAAGGUGGCGGAGGAAGUGGUCUCACGAUCGGAGGCCUCACUCUAGGCGGCUCAGGCGGUGGUAUCACUGGCAACGGUCUCAAGCUCGGCGGAAAUCAGCAGGGCAAUGGUACUGCGGCAGCCGCGGCGGAGCCCAAGUCUUCAGCAGCAGAGGGCGAGAAGUCAGCCGCCGCCGGUCAAAAGCCUGCUGUCGCCGCCGAGCAAGAGUCAGAAGAAGGUGCAGCUAGUGCUGGCGCUGGUACGGAGAACCAGCCCGGACGCGCCGAAGGAGAAGCAGCAAGGAAAGAAGCUGAGCAGGAAGCUCAAGAGGCCGAGGGUGAGAAGUCAAACGGUGUCAAGGCUACUGAAGAGUCUGAAAAGUUCUCUGAGGAAUCUGGUAUCACCCUCGGUGAGGACGGUGCUGCGGCGAACCUCGGUGGAAACCUGGGCAUCACGCAGGGCUCCGAUGGCAGUAAGUCAAUCGGCGGGUCAAACGGUAUCAACAUCGCCGCCAGUGGUGAAGUGACUCUGUCAGGUAACAACAGCUCGGUUGCCUCAGUGUACAACGGCUCAGACAGCGACGAUGAGAAAGAUCUCUUCAAAUUGAGCCUACAGUUGGCUGUUGCAGACCGCAAGAACAGCGAUCUGGAGCGCGAGCUUCAGCGCUCACAUCAUGCAGUCGCCAUGGUCAGAGCGUCAAACAGGAAUCUGCAGCAGAAGAAUACGCUCAACGUCGCCGUGGCCUCCGAAGCAGAGGCACUUCGCGCGAAAGUUGAAGCACUCGAGACUUCUGCCGCAGAGAAAGAUUCGGGGUUGGAAGCCACGCGACACGAUGUGACCGUUGUGGUACACGAUGCGGAUAACACUCACGCCCGGCUGCAUUCGUCCCAGGACUACAACAGUCGACUUGAGCGCAACGUGCGGCCUCUUGAGAGCGAAUUUUCGGAAGCCAAUAUUCGCACAAACGAGGCCGCCAUGAGUCAAGCGGAGGUCGACGAUCUGCGAACGCAGCUUGCCCAGCACUCAAGUCAGAAUCGACAAUAUGCUCAGAGGGUGCAAAUGAGCACAACCGAUGCAGAGCGCCUGAAGACACAGGUCGACGGUCAGAAGAGAGAGCUAGACGGCCCUCAAGAAAAGCUAGUCGCGGCUGAGUCAUCUCGAGAUUGGUACCGUGAUGAGCACACUCAGAUCUUGGCAGUCCGUAACACAAUCAAUGCCGGACGUGCGCCAAGCAUAGACCCCUUCUGUAAGAAGCCAAACUCCCUACAACAAAUCACUACCGGCAAUCAGUCAGCGAGAAUGGCGACCAUCCCUGAGCGACCGCGAGAAGAACCAGGCGCGACCGAGUUCCUCCAGAAGGAGCAAUGGAAGUUGUCACAAGACGCAUAUAACCUUCAGAGAUGGUCUACCUACAUCGUCGUCAUCAGCGCGCUAGUCACCAUCGCACGGGCGGUUGUAGACAUCGUUGUCGCCGCCAGGAAAAAAAACAGCCUCAUCAGGACCAUAUGGUGGUGCCUCGUAUUCUGCUGGGUAUGCUUGGUCAGGUUUCUGCGCGAUUUGUGCGACAAUGUCGCCCUCAACUGGGGAAAUUUCACCUGGGGUGUCAACUCAAAAAAGCCCAGGCGACCGGAGGGCUCCCAAGACUAG